AUUGCCACAGUCCUAUGUUUUGGGAGAAGCAGCACAAUGGUUGUGUGUGCUCCUUCACUAGUUCCUCCUGUGGGAUGCUAGUACCAUGUAUGACAUCCUCUCUGAUCAGCCUCUCAGACUUGGAGACCAGUUCUACAAAGAAGCCAUCGAGCACUGCCGCAGCUACAACUCUCGGCUGUGCGCUGAGCGCAGCGUCCGCCUCCCCUUCCUAGAUUCGCAGACUGGGGUAGCUCAGAACAACUGCUACAUCUGGAUGGAAAAGAGGCAUCGGGGACCAGGACUGGCCCCAGGUCAGCUGUACACAUAUCCUGCUCGCUGUUGGCGCAAAAAGAGACGCUUACAUCCUCCUGAGGACUCCAGGCUGAAGCUUCUGGAAAUUAAACCUGAAGUUGAUCUGCCUUUGAAGAAGGAUGGGUUCACAUCAGAGGGAACCACACUGGAAGCCUUGCUGCGCGGGGAAGGAAUUGAGAAAAAAGUGGAUACUAAAGAGGAAGACACUAUACAGGAAAUCCAGAGAGUUUUGGAAAAUGAUGAAAAUGCUGAUGAAGUGAAUGAGGAAGAGGAAUUAGAAGAAGAUAUUCCAAAACGAAAGAACAGGCCCAGAGGACGGGCUCGGGGAUCUGGAGGUGGCAGGAGAAGGAACGAUGCUGCCUCCCAGGAUGACCAUGACAAACCUUACGUUUGUGACAUCUGUGGCAAACGUUAUAAGAACAGACCUGGACUGAGCUACCAUUAUGCUCAUACUCACCUAGCCAGCGAAGAGGGGGAUGAAGCCCAAGAGCAGGAGACACGCUCCCCACCCAUCCACAGAAACGAGAACCACAAACCCCAAAAAGGACCAGACGGGGCUAUCAUUCCCAACAACUACUGUGACUUCUGCCUUGGAGGCUCCAGUAUGAACAAAAAAAGUGGCUGUCCAGAGGAGCUUGUGUCAUGCUCAGACUGUGGACGCUCGGGACACCCUACCUGCCUGCAAUUCACCACAAACAUGACGGAGGCUGUAAAAACCUAUAAGUGGCAAUGCAUUGAGUGCAAAUCCUGUAGCCUUUGCGGGACCUCUGAAAAUGAUGACCAGCUGCUCUUCUGUGACGACUGCGACCGUGGCUAUCACAUGUAUUGCUUAAACCCACCAGUGUCCGAGCCUCCAGAAGGUAACAUGUUCUGGAAGUCUACAUCAGGAGCAACAGAAGGGCCCAUGGGGAGGAGGGAGGGAAUUCAGAAGGUGGCCGUGAGCAAGGCGGGUGAAGGAAUUGGGAAACAGACUCAGAGCAAUGAGGCAGAGGCAAAAUGUCAGGUAGCUUUGUAGUGCACAUCUGAUUGCUAACAGUUGGCUUACCAGGGAGGCAGAUCAAGGACCCAGUCCUGAAGGAAAACAAGAGGCCAUUUGGAAGGACUGAAGAUUCUGUACUGGGGGAAGCCUGAGCUAGAAGUCUCCUGCCUAGUGGGGAUGAGGGCUGAUAAUCUGGUGAGUCUGGGCCCUGUUUACCAUUAAUCUGCCUCUCAGGUAUGGGGAGUUUACAAUACUCCUUGCUGGAGAAAUGUGGGGAGUAGGCUGUCCUUCCUGACAUACGCUGCAUUUCAAGGGAGAAAGCAAUCUCAAUGACAUUUCCUUGUGAAAACCUGGUAAAUGAGAGAACAGCUCUCCUGUGUUUUAAAGUGACUCAGCAGAUUUGGGAAAUCCGCUAGGUUCAGUUCACUACAGAAGUUCGUAGUUGCACACUUCUUACCUGAAUUUUAUGUUGUUCUCCAAGUUAUUGUCCCUACAGGUGUGCCACAUUAUCAAUCAGAGGUUUUUUUUGUCAGCAGUGUCUGCAGGUCCACCUGCAUGCUACUCAUCCUUGUGCUCCAGACCAAAGAUACAUAGGAAGGCGUCUACCUAUUGCCAUUUCAGUUCCUUCUCAACUGCCUGUGGCUAGAGACUGAAUAUUGUGGUGUCCACUAGAUUAACCUUUUAGCUAUUCAUUCUCCAUUUCUUUUAUUUUCUUUCUUCCUUUUAUUUUUAGUACUCUGUUUCUUUUUUUCCUGCACAAGUUUGUGCCUUUGAGGGGAGGGGUUCUGUUCCCUUUUUUGUUGGUCAUGGUUAUGGCCUCUGCCACCCUCAGUCUUUCCUCACUUAUGGCCUCACUUCUGUGGGCUCUGACCCAAACCCUGCCAGAUCUGCCAUUCAGUAGUGGGCAUUCUAGCUGCCCCCAGUGCUUAUAGAGAGUCCCAUGUCCCAUUGAAGUGCAAGGUCUGCUCUGGAUUCAAGAGCAGAUCAAGGAAACUGAGAGAGGAUAGAAUGAAAUUGCUCCUUAUGGAGUGCUCCCUGAGAUCUACAGGAUUCCAUUGGCCCCCCCCCAAUACUUUGGCCUCAUCUUCUCAGACUGUUCUGGUGAUUUCUUUGGCUCUAGCUCUGUUUAGCAACAAACAAUGGGUAGCUCCAGAGGCCCUGAAAGAAGAAGAGAUCUUGGUCUCCUGACAAGGAGUCUAAAUGGAAAAGUCACCCCAGAGACCAAGGUCUAAGGAGACUUUGCAUCCUGCUGUGGGUACUGCUGAGAUUCCUGCUUCCUUCAAUACUGAGGACCCGAUAUCACUGAAAAAGAACUCCAGCAUGCUAUGUACUGAAAAAUAUCUUGGCAAACAAUCAUGCUUGGCACCAGCCUCUGUACCUUCAGAGUCCUCCAAGCACAAGGACUCUUCAAAGAAACCACCACUGGCCCCAGUUCUGGCACCCUGUGAGGGCCACAGACACAAGGAGUAUGCAGACAUCCCAUCUGUACUGUCUCUUUACCACUUGAUUCACCUCAACUUGAGGAGUACUGCCCUGGAAUGCUGGUACUGACCUCAUUCCUCUCCCAUGAGGACCACAGUGUGACAGAGGCUUGAAUCUCCUCUUCUGAGAGACUGAGGGUCUUUCUGCCAACACCAAUGUACUAACCAGUACUGCUGCCCCCUCACCCAAAAACUUGGGCACCAGUAUCAACUCAGAUGCCAAUACCUACUUGACCGCCAGUACUGACUCUCCUAGCCCCUCCAUUGGAAACAGCGGAUGAAAAUCUUCAGGAUCAGACAUCUCUGUCUAAGAUUCAACCACCUUCCUAUUCCAACAUCCUGCCCCAGUGGUGUAUCCUGACAAUAAGACUCCAAAAACUAGUCGUCAUCUAUCCCACCAAUCCUGGCAGGAACACCCCUGGGAUCCUGUUCCUUUCCCAUAUGUCCUGUCACAUUGGGCUUUCUGGAACCCUGGGUCUCCUAUGAUGACCAAUUGUAUAGAGUGUUCUUAUGUAAAAGGGCCUGUGAAGAGGAGCAGCCACCAGUACCCAGGGAGCCUGUUCCCCAGGUUCCUGCUCCUCAGAGGACUAAGAACUAAGAGUUGAAGAGGAGGCACCUCUUUCCAAUAAAUCCUCUUCAUCUUCAGAUGAAACCAUUUUGCUCCCUUCACCAUUCAGUAUGGAUCAUCAUAAAUUUUGUCAAGAUCUGAUGACUUUGCAAAUUCCCUUCUAGGAGAUACAGAAGCCCCAGCACUUCCUUGUGGAUAUUUUCUAUACCAUGUCUCAUGGCAAAAUAUCCCUGUCUGUUAAUGAUGCCCUGUUCUCUCCAGCAUGGAAUAUAUGGCAGACAUCUGCUAUCAUCUCACCUACAUGGAAUAUGGUUGACAAAAAACUGUUCAAGGGCUCCGAAUACCAUUUUUUCCCAUCCCACCUCCUUGGUGGUCAACAUAAUCAGUGAAAGGAACAGACAGCGCUGUUCAGAUCUACUCCUCAUGAUAACGAGCUCAAAUACUUGGACCUUCUUGGAUGCAAGAGUUAUUCUUCAGCUGCACUACAGUUCAGUGAUGCCUUGUUGGUGAAGUACAACUCCACCAAUUACAUCAAAUUUUCAUAUUUUAUUGACCAUCUGCCCCAGGAGCAGAUGGACCAAUUUCAAGGCCUUAUUUCAGAAGAAGAGACAGUUGCCAAAGCAUCCUUGCAAGCCUCGCUCAGUGUGGCUGGCACAGCCUUUCACUUUGUGGCUGCAGUUAUAUUAUUGUGUCGAGGUUCAGGACUGCAAUCUUCUGGUCUUCAUAGAGAAGUGUAGAAUACAUUAGAAGAUCUUCCCUUGGAAGGGCCCAAGCCCUUUAGCAAUGAGACAGAUGAGUCCCUGAACUCUCACAAAGACCCUGCAAUCCUUGGGCAUUUACAUCCCUGCAACAACAACAACAAAAAUAUAACAAGUCACGCACAGUCCAACAGUCUCGCCCAGUUCAGUAUUUCACUUCCCACAAGCAGUAUUCUAUUGCUGCCUCCUAGUAACCAACUUCAUCCAAGUGGCCAUUUUGGCUUAUUGGUUGACAGUCAUGAAUCACCAUGCUGUAUGAAUCCUAUGCUGUAACAUUCUGUCCUCCAUCCACUUAUGGGAAUUCUCUCUCCCAUUUCACACCUUCCUGGGAGCAUAUCAACAGAUGGAUACUGGAAAUCAUUUCAUUAGGAUACAUCAUCCCAUUCAACCACUUCCCCCUUCUCCCUGUCCCUUUUAAGGAACCCUUCUCAUCAGGGUCUCUUGAAGCAGGAAGCUCAAUCCUUCCUAUUACUGGGGGAAUUGAAUUAGUUCCUCCCAAAUUCAACGGAAGAGGGUUUUACAUUUUUGCAUUCAUCUCCCACAAGGAUCAUCCUCAUAGAUGCAUCCAUGCAAGGUUGGGAGCUCACAUUCAGGACUCCACAGCACAGGGCAAAUGGACCCCCAGGAAUUGUUGUUGUACAUCAACAUUCUUGAGCUCAGGGCAGUCCAAUACAUGUCCCUUCACUUCCUACUCAGGAUCCAUGGUCACUCCGUAAGAGGCAUGACAACAGAGCGACGAUAUACUACAUCAACCAUCAAGGAGGCACAACAUGCCAAUCUUUAUAUGCAGAGGAAAUAAAGCUCUGGAACUGGUGUCUCACCCACCAGAUUGACAUCUCAGCCCAUCUACCAGGCCUACAGAACACCUUCGCAGACACUCUGAGCAGACAUUUCUGCCAGGAUCACAAAUAAGAACUGAGCAAUACUAUCUUUCAGAAGACUUUUCUCACCUGGGGUUCUUCAGCGAUAGACCUCUUUGUGGCUCCAAUACAAAAUGCCAUCACCUCUGCCUGAGGGGAGGGCUUGGUCACAACUCCCUGGAAGAUUCCUUCUUCAGCCCUUAGCCUCAGGUUCUGCUAUACACUUAUCAACACAAUUGCUCCUGAGAGUCCUGAAUAGGCUGAAACAGCAGAAAGCAGUAGUUAUCCUCUUAGCUCCAAAAUGGUUGAGACAAAUAUAGUUCUCACUCCAAUCUCUCCUUAUUACACCUCUGGCUCCUCGAUGGCUCUUGGGCCUAGAGCAGGAUUGUUCUCUUGAGCUGCAGUGUGUGCUGCUGAAUAGUAGGAAGCCUGUCCUGAGGGAAACCUACAGUGAAGGGCCAGACUAUAACAGACCAGCUGCUGACCUGCACCCUGACUAACUUCACUGCAACCAGUGAGUCCAGCUGCACUGCCUUGGAACUGACCGAGUAGCCACAGCUCCUCAUUGGCAGCUGGUUUAGCAGCUCUGCUUAUAAACCUGGUCUCCCACCAGAUCAGCAGCUGAUAAGUGCAUAUCAUAUCUGCAACUGUGCUUGCCUUGUUCCAAUCCCUGCUCCUGCUUUUGCUCCAGCCCAUUCCUCAUUAGCUUCUGACUUCUGGCUUUGAUCUCCGGCUCCGCCCCUGGCCUACAACUCUAGUUUACCCUCUAGCUCUGGCAUUCAGCUUCUGUCCUGGUACUGACCUUGGCUCGUUUCUGGUCUCUGCCCACCCUAGACCCAGGGUUAAACAGUAGGCUGAACUCUCAUUUCAACCACUGGGCCUGACUGAACAGGGGUUGGUUGGUGACACCUACCUGCAAAAGUGGAAGCAGUUGAAGGGGUGUCACUUUUUGUGCAACCUGCCACUACCAGAUUCCUGAAGGGAGUGGCCAACCUCUUUCCUCACAUAGGACAGUCCACGCCACUUUGUAACCUUAAUUUAGUUCUCAGUGCCUUGAGAAACCCCCUUUGAACGUAUGGGAAGUUAUUCCCUGCUGCAAAAACCUGCAUUCCUUGUAGCCGUUGCUUCAGCCAGAAGAAUAAGUGAAUCGGGAGCUCUUAUGGCUGAUCCACCAUAUACUGUGUUCUACCAAGGCAAGGUGACUUUGUCCUCAUCCUCACUUUUUAUCUGAAGUCUCAUCAGACUUUCACAUCAACCAGGACUUUCAGCUACUGUUCUUUUUUACCCCAAACCUCAUGCUUCAAGGGAAGAGACCAGUCUCAAAACUCUAGAUGUGAAAAGAGCCCUUGCUUUCUAUCUUGACAAAACUAAACCCUUCAAAUCCUCUCCUAAACUUUUUGUCUCCAUUUCAGAGAGAAUGAAGGGAUCUCUCUUUUCACCCAAAGACUAUCUAAAUGGGUCUUAACAUGUUACAAAGCUUUUGGGUACACCCUCCAUGUAGGGGACUGCUCAUUCCACGAGGGUGAAGUCCACCUCUAUAAGAACUGCUUAAGAACGUAUCAUUCAGACAUUUGCAAAGCUGCCUUCUGGUCAUUGGUGCACACCUUUUCCCAGCAUUAUGCUGUUGUUCACACCUCUAGAUCAGCUGCAGCUUUUGGUGAGGCUGUGGUCCAAAUUGUUCUGAACUUGUCUGCUCAGUACCCUUCUCUAUACCUGAGGUACUGUUUGGGAGUCACCUAACAUGGAGCCCCCAUAGGAACAAUAACUUGAAGGAGAGUUUUCUUACCUGUACAGUAACUGGAGUUCUUUGAGAUAUUAUGUUCUUGGGGUACUCCACUCUGCCCUCCCUUUCCUCUCUGCUUCAGAGUCCUUGCCUUUGAACUUUGGGGUUGAGAAGAAACUGGAGCAUUGGCAGGUCUGCCCCUCCCUAUAUAUUCUCCAUCUGGAGCAUGAAGAUGUGUAGGGUGCAGGCACAGACCCGUGGAUGCUGCUUCUCAAAAAUCUCUGAUGGAAGGUGCAUGGGUGUGCACGCACACACAUGGUGCACCCAUAGGGUCAAAACAUCUUGAAGAACUUCAGGUACUGUAGAGGUAAGAAAUCUCUCCUUUUCUUCCCCAGUAGAGUUUAUAAAUGCCCUGUUUAGAGAUGGUCUUAUGGUUUAGGCCUGUCUCUAAAGUUUUAUGUUAAUGGUUUUGUUUUGGUUAAUCCGCAUACAAUGUCAUUAAACAUGGAGUCAUAAUGGCCAAUGAUACUCCAUCUUCUUGUUGUGUUCAGGCAGCAUGUGCAGUACCUCCCUGACAUAUUUAGACAAGCCAAAAACUAUUUAGAGUAGUUUUCAGUGCUGUUCAGACCAUCUGUACCUUGGAAAGUGAGGAAUUUUCAGAUCUGUAUUAUGUUCAGUACAUAGUUAUGUCCUUGAAAGAAAUUCUACUUGAAAGUGUUUCUGCUGGUUUGUUAGUUGGUUUUGGAACAGAAGAACUGGCCCAUUGAUCUACUAGUUCUUGAGGUUAGUGGGCCUUCAAUUAAAAUCAAUAGAGCCCAAUAGAAACUGACAGAGGCCUACAGAAUGAUUCUAAUGGAGUGUACUGGAAUGUCCAACAGGACUGAGACAAGAAUAAUUAUGAAUCAACUAUGUAGCCAUGAUGCGUAAGACCAUAGGAGUUCUGUUUUUUAAAAUUUUGCUAAAGAGGAAAUGAAACUGAUAGGGAGAAAUUUUUUGGAAACUGAAUAGUCAAGACUUCUGUUUAAUUGGGAAGUGCCCGGAUUAAGUUACCAAAUGGCAAAAAGUAUUGUGAGGCUGCACAUCACAACUGACCAGCAACUUCUGGGAAUAGUCUGACUCUAAGGGCUUGGCUACACUUAAAUUUUAUAGUGCUCUAACUUGCUGGCUCAGGGGUGUGAAAAAUCACCCCGCUGAGCGCAGCAAGUCAGAGAGCUUUAAAGCGCUAGUGUAAACAGGCUCCGAGCGCUGGGAGCUAAUCCCCUCGUGGAGGUGGAUUACCAAGAGCACUGAGAGAGCUCUCUCCCAGCGCUCGUGCGCGACCACGCUCGCACUUCAAAGCAUUGCUGUGGGAGCGCUCCCACGACAGCACUUUGAAGUUUCCAGUGUAGCCAUGCCCUAAGUGAACAAUACCAGCGGGAAAGAAGCAAUGCUGUACUUGCUUCAGAAAUAUAUUGGACAUUCCAGUUGGGGGAGAUACCUUCAGUCCCAUUGAAACCAUCCCUAGCAUACAGUCUCAGUAUUCAGAGUUAAUACUGUGCAUGUGAGAUUCAUUGAUUGUUCAUUGAUUUACAGGGAGCUGGAGUUGUCAUUUGUGCCGGGAACUACUCAGAGAGAGAGCAUCAGCUUUUGGCUUUCAAGCCUGAGGAGCUCCGGGGAUCAAGAUGCAAUUUGCUUCUGGAGUUGUGGUACCAGCGCACAGUUCCCAUUCAGAACACAAAGACACACACAUGAGCGCACACACACACACAUCAAAGAGAAUGGACACUCAAGUAUAAGAAGAGAUGACAAUGAUAUUUAUUAUCAAAGAGUAGAUUUCACUAAUAUAGUACCUCCUGGGUUCUACUAGAAGAAACAUGUUCUCCUUUUAAUGCUCCAAAUGGAAUCUUUUCACUGCUGUGCAUGGUUGAUGCUGUAUUGUAAUAGGCUCACAUGCAUUAUGUUAAGGGGGAAAUUGUUAUACCGAUACCGAGGAGCUGAUUUUGUGUGGCCUUGUGCUUUUUUUGUUUGGUCUUCUUUGUAAACAAAGAAAUAGCAACAUAGUUUCCAAAGCACUACUGUUGAGAUGCUUUGGUUGGGAUGUUGGGAACUGUUACUCCUCACAGGCUUGUCUAAAAACCGCUUUACUGCAACACUGUGUAGUUCUAGAGAGGCUCUGAAGGUUGUGGUAGUUCCAUUCUUCCUGAGUUGUGAAUAACACGAGCGUAUUGCCACUGAGACAGGAACUGAUCUAAAAUUGCUUGAGUGACAGUUUCUUUACUGAAUCAUCAAACCCUUUGCUUUUUACUGUUAUUAGAAAUUUGAUUUUAGUGUAAAUGAAAGAAGAAUAGAAUAUAUAUAGACUCAGAGGCACCUACUCCACCCCUCUCCAGUUUCUUUUAAUGUUCAGGGAGACCAUCUUAAAGUGGCGCUAUUAUUAAGAUCAGAUCCAAAAGGAUGCUUUUUAUUUAAAAAGAGGUGAGGAAUAAUGGUUUACAGAACCUGAAAAGAAAGAUUGUCAUGGUGGUUUUUAAAUUUAAAUAAAAAUAGCUUUCCUUUAUUUAAACAGUCCCCUGAUGUGUAGCACACCCAAACAAAAUAGCACUGAGCUCAUGUAUCAGAACCAGGAAGCAUCACUGUAAUUCACUGUAUUGUCACUGUCCAAACUAAGUGAAAUAGAGAAAAAUGAAAAACAACAAAACUAAAGCAUCAAUGGAGAAUAAGUAUUUUUUAAACAAUCUUCUCCAUUUCAGUAAUCUAAGGGGUCAAACAUGUAAGGACUAUUUUUAAAAAAUAUGAUUUUUAAAGUUGCAAAUGUGCUACUCCUGAUUCUAUCAAGAAUACAAGAAUUGUCCUAAAGUAUCUUGGGUGUGACAUAUAAAAUCUGUUUAUAAACAGAUUUAAAAGCUUGCAUGAGAGGAGGAAUGUAAUAUAGGUUGAUGAAUCCCAAGCAGCAUGAGUGACUCAGGAUGCCUAUGCAAGGUGGUAAGGACACUAAGAUUGCAUUUGGGAUAUACAUAUUAAUUGAAGCCUCUCUGCAAAAUUAUUCACCCUGAGGAUUUAAAUGGACAUUGUCAAAAUAAAUGUAAUUUACUUUAAAAAAGGUCCUUCUCUGUGUUACUAAUAACACCUCAGACUAUUAAAUUUAAAUGAAUUGUAUAAAUUUAAUUUAAUUUUAAUUAUUUAUGUGGGUUGUUUAGCCUUUUCACUUCUUUCAGCUUGGACACAGAAACCAGUCUGGUCAGUUUCUCAAUCUUGUUCUCAUGGACUCACACAUAGUGCAGUUGUGUGUGAGUUCACAAAACUGCCCUAGAAUUGUUUCAGUCCCACAAAAACUGUUUUCUUCACAUUCCAAGGUGGUACCUGAGCACUUUAUUUCUAGCCCUAUUGCACCAAAUCUACCCCUCGUGCAGCUCUAUUGUUUUCCCCUGGGAUUAAUUUAAUCCAUUAAUAGGGGACAAUGCCCAAAUGUAGCGUCCCAAAACUACGAGAUAGUGUCAGUUGAAAAGUGUGCAAAAAUCAUCUCUCUGACACGCAUUUGGAGGGGAAGAUCGGAGCUUAAAUCUCUACUACAGGCCUACAUUAUACAAUCCUAGACCAUCAAAUAGCAUUUGUGUCCACACAGCUACAAUAAGAUGAUUUACAUACUGUUUAAACAAAACCAUUUAAAAACUUUAAAUGACCAACUUUCUUUCAGCGUCAUUGGGCAACAUGCUGAAGCACUUCAAACUAUUCAUCCCCAUUGUCUCAUCCCAAUCUCUGAGUGGCUGUCACCUUUCUUUUCAGCUCCCUCCUGUCUGUUAGAAUCCCCCUAAGAAGAGCUAAUGGAGUCUGCCACAUUUCUCCAAUGCUCCCAUGCACAUGGCCUUUUUAGUUUCCCUCCACAGAUAUGCUGGAUCCAUAACUAGAGACUGAGUUGGAUACAAGAUGCUAGAGGUGCCCAUAUCUUUUGGUACAGAAAACUGCACUGGCAGCUUGCCAGGAGCUGGAUGGCCACACCUUAUUUGCACACACGUUUGCAUACAUUAGUUAAUCAAAAUAAAUUGCCAUGACUUUCAUAUUUGCUGCCUGUUCCAGUUAAACCCUCAUGAAAACUUACAAGUGUUUAGCUGUGUCAUCUCCACCUUGCACGUCCAGGGAGACUGCAGCAGCAGCCCACAUCCUAGGACUCCAGGAGCCUCAGUUGGCCUAUCAGCUGUACCUUGUGUCCCUCUACUCAAAGCAUUAACAAGAACUGAUUGUGUUAGAGCCUCUGUAUUCCAUAUCCAAUCUACCAAGGCAGAGUUAGUUGCUACAGUCCAGAAUGCACAUAUAUUAGUUCAGAUUAAUAGUAACUUUCUUGCCAUGGUCCAGUUACACUUCAUUCAUUCAGGCUUUACUCUCACAUAUCUACAUACACAGACAGUUCCAGUUAACUUCUAGCAGCCUGAUAAAUCCAAAGCUUUCACCUCUCUGACAUUAAGAUGCUCCUGCAACUUAUAUCUCCCCGCUUCACAGCCUUAUUCUUAGGCAAUAGGCAGGUACAUUCCACUCAGUAAUAAUUUUUAGCAUGUACAUAGGGCUGGACAACUUCAAAGUGUUUAAAACAUUCAUUAUUUAAUCUACACAAUACCCAUUAUGUAAAUAGUGCUGUACCCAUUUUACAGAGGCACAGAAAAAUUAUACCAUUUCUUGCUCAUAGUCAUACACUGAAAAAGUGGGGAAUAGAACUCCUGAGCCCUGAUUCCCAGUCAGCUUUUCUAACCAUCAGAUACAUUUCCUUAUGCUACUGCUUUGCUGUACACUUAUUUAAAGGAACAAUCCACAAUAAGGCAAUUUUCGAAACCCAGCAUAAUCAUGACAUUCUCACAGGCGAAAUAGGGAAAUGUGGUCUAGAGUAAAUUACUGUAAAGUGGGUGCACAGUUGGUUGAAACACAGUAAUCAAAGAGUAGUUAUCAAUGUUCACUGUCAAACUGGGGGUAGGGUGGUAUAUCUUAUGGUGUUCUGUCCUGCGUCUGGUACUAAUCAAUAUUUUCAUUAAUGUUUGAGAUAAUGGAGUGGAGAGUAUGCUUGUAAAAUCUCUGGAUGACAACAAGCUGGGAGGGGUUGCAAGCACUUUGGAAGACAGGAUUAAAAUUCAAAUUGACCUUGAAAAAUUAAAGAAUUGGACUGAAAUCAACAAGAGGAAAUUCAAUUAAGACAAGUGCAAAGUACUUCACUUAUGAAGGAAAAAUUAAAUGCACAACUACAAAGUGGGGAAUAACUGUCUAGGUGGAAGUACUGCUGAAAAGGAUCUGGGGGUUAUAGUGGAUAACAAAUUAAAUAUGAGUCAAUGUGAUGUAGUUGCUAAGAAGGUUAAUAUAAUUCUGAGAUGUAUUAACAGGAGCCUUGUAUGUAAGAUACAGAAGGUAAUUGUCCUGCUCUGCUCAGCAAUGGUGAGACUUCAGCUGGAGUAUUGUGUCCAGUGCUGGGCGCUACAGUUUAGGAAUGAUGUUGAAAAAUUGGAGAGAGUUCAGAGGAGAGCAACAAAAAUGAUAAAAGGUUUAGAAAACCUGUGAGGAAAGGUUAAAAAAAAACAGCUGGGCAUGUUUAGUCUUCAAAAAAGAAUAAGAGUCUUCAACUAUGUUAAGGGCUGUUAUAAAGACGACAGUGAUCAAUUGUUCUCCAUGUCCACUGAAUAUAGGAAAAGAAAUAAUGGGCUUGAUCUGUAGAAAGGCAGAUUUACAUUAGAUAUUAGGAAAUCCUUUCUAAUCAUACAAGCAUUUAAGCUGUGGAAGAGGAUCCAAGGGAGUGGGGUGGAAUCCUCAUCGCUGGAAGUUUCUAAGAAUAGGUUAGACAAACACCUGUCAGGGAUGGUCUGGUUUUACUUGGCUCUGCGUCAGCGCAGGGGGCUGGACUUUAUGACCUGUUGAGGUCUCAUCCAGCUUUACACUUCUGUGGUUUGAUGAUUCUAAGCUCUAGUGUAAGGGAAAAACAUUCUGGAGACUCUUUGUCAUGCUUCCCUCUCUUUUUUUCAUGGCAGGAAGUAACAUUGAAUAAAUAUCCGUUCAAAGUUGAA